AUGCUUCAAAGUCUUGUUUAAAAUGGUUGGAUUCCCAUGAGGCCAGUUUGCGAGGAGAUGUGGGUAGGAAUGGGGUUGACGGGCUUUGUUGUUUUUAAAAUCAGGACUGCUGAUAAAAGAAGUAAAGCUUUGAAAGCUUUGAGUCAUGCACCUGCUCUAGGUCGUCAUUAACCAGCUUUACCUGGAGCGCACAUCGGGCGGACCGUCAGCCUGGCUGUAAAUUUCCUCAAGCUCUGUGAGAUGGGAAUGGGCAUUGCGGUACACUUGUAGAAGGUGGCAUGAAUACAUGCACCUGGGGGAGGCACCACUGC